AUGUCCGCCGCAGUAGCCGCAACACCAUCUCAUCCGAACCCUCUUCUCCGGUCCAUGCCCAAGAAGAAGAGCAUGUCCAUCACGCAAACAUACUACCUCGCCCACAAGGCGCGGGCCAAGCUCUCCCGCGAGGCGGCCCAACCCGACCACGACCUGAGGCUGCUGGUCGGGCACGCCAACCUCCUCGACUCUCUCAUGUUCGAGCUCGCCGACGCCGAGCGGGAGCAGGAGCGCUGGUUCAACCAAUCGGUCCGGGGCGCCAGCAAGUCCGCCGACCGCCGCGUCCAGUGGGCGGAUCGCAUCGUCGAGCAGGUCGAGGAGGACGAGUUUGACGACUCCGACUCGUCCGACGCCAGCUCCGACUCCGGCUCCGAGUCCGAAUUGGACUACGAGGGCGACGACGUCGAGAUGACCAACGCCGUCUCCUCCCGCGUCCCCGUCAUCCGGACCGUCUCCGUCGACGAGGACGAGGCUGAGAUGGGCGACGACCUCGAGGAGGACUACGCCCAGCUCGAGCUCGUCCGGACGCCAUCCCACUCCAGCUCCCCUCCGGAGCUCGUCGACUACGACUCCGAAUCGUCCGACGACGAUUCGAUGCCUCCCUCGCCCGCCGACGCCACGCUGUCGUACGACGAGAAGGAUGUCGGUGAGCAAGAUGCGCUGUACGAGCACGACGGAUACUACGCCUCGCGGAGAACACCGGCGGGCCUCGUGUCCGCCAUCUCCGUCUACUGA